AUGUCCAACGCCAAUCAUCGUGUGACCGGUACCGAGAAAGCAUUGGUUUGUAAGGCAAUCACAUAUCAUUGUUUCUCUUUAUCAAUUCAGACUUUCGAAACGAGACUUGUAGCAUUAGCAAUGUCAGCAGAACAUUUGACUGGUGUCGCUUCUGCAAUAAUUCUCAGUGUUCAUGUGUUGUAUCAGUUGAUGGUGUCCUACUUAUUGAACCAAUCAAGAGAAGACAUGCGAAGAAUCGACAAACAGCGCACCAGUGGACCCAAUGAUGCUUAG